AAUCGGUCCCUCUAACAGAGAAAUAAAUGGCGUCCUUGUCUCCUUGGACGAGGUACUCAUUGUGCCGGUCGCUUCGAUAUUGCAGAUCAAGUGCAAGCUCAGUUCUAUUCUCCAGGGAUUUAUUGCGUAAUCAAAAUGGCAUUGCUGGAAGUGGAAGUAGCAGAGACAACUGUACAGAAGCGCCGUCUCCCUCGUCCUCUGACGGCAAGCAAAAAGCCAGCAGCGGCAAAGCCGUGACGAUCAGCCGAGCCAUGCGGGCGUACAUGGAGAGAGCUAAAGCCCACGAUGACAUGAUGAAAGCCGAGGUCGCGGACUAUGAGAUUGGGAAACGUCACCUGGCCAACAUCAUGGGGGAAGACCCAGACAGCUUCACACAGGACGACGUCAACAGAGCUAUUGAGUACCUGCUUCCCUCCGGCCUGUUUGAGAAAAGAGCCCGGCCCAUGAUGAAGGAUCCAUAUGAGAUCUUCCCCAAAAAGAAAGCGGCUCAGUUUGGCCUUGACGGUCGACCCUAUCACUGGCUCUACUUUACCACAUCGCCCAAUUACUACGCCCUCCUUUAUGACAUCGCAUGGAAGAUGGAGGAUCUGAAAGCAGAGGAAGACAGACUAGCAGAAGAGAAGGACGGGAAACCAGACCGUGAGAAAGAAUCUAGUGACUUCACUCUGGCACGCAGCGAGUGGAUCACACACCAGCGACUGAAGGAUCUGCUGGUGGAGAACGUCCCGGAGAAAGAG